CAGACGAGGUUGCAACUCGGAAAUGUUUUCAGGUUUUCGAGGUUGCUGGUUUCGGGGAACGAACUCACUGCUGGGUCUCGGGAUGCCAGAGGGCCCGCAUGCCAACCUCCUAAUGCCCUUCCAGCCCGCGGAGCCCGGCGCCAUGUGGAGCUGCGGCCUGCCCAACGGCACCGGCCGGGGCGAGGACCAGCCCCUCUGCCAGCACGCGCACCUGGCCCUGUCUGCCGUCUCCCUGUCCUACCUGGCCGUCGGCGUCCCUGUUGGCUUGGGCUACAACGCCCUGCUGAUCCUGGUCAACCUGCACGACCAGGGCAGCAUGGCCAUGCCCGACGUCUACUUCGUCAACAUGGCCGUGGCAGGCCUGCUGCUCAGCGCGCUGGCGCCUGCGCUGCUGCUGGGCCCCGGCACCUCAGGCUGGGCCCCGUGGGCCUUCAGCAGCGAGGCCCACGUCACGCUGCUGGUGCUGUUCAACGUCUGCUCCCUGGUGACCAUGUACUCCACGGCGCUGCUCAGCCUCGACUACUACAUCGAGCGGGCGCUGCCGCGCACCUACAUGUCCAGCGUCUACAACAGCCGGCACGUGUGCGGCUUCGUCUGGGGCGGCGCCCUGCUUACCAGCUUCUCCUCCUUGCUCUUCUACAUCUGCAGCCACGUGGCGGCCAGGUUGGUCGAGUGCUCCCGGAUGCAGCACACGGAGGCCGCCGACGCCAUCAUGGUCUUCAUCGGGUACCUGGUGCCCGGGCUCGCCGCGCUCUAUGCCCUCGCGCUCAUCUCGCGCGUCCGCAGGCAGGACACGCCCCUCGACCGGGAGUCGGGGCGGCUGGACCCCUCGGUGCACCGGCUGCUGGUGGCCACCGUGUGUACGCAGUUUGGGCUCUGGACGCCGCACUACCUGACCCUCCUGGGGCACACGUCACUGGCCUUGCGGGGGAAGCCUGUGGACGGGCAGCACCUGGGGAUGCUGCUCUUCGCAAAGGACUUGUCGCGGUGCCUGGCCUUCUCCAGCAGCUCCGUGACGCCGCUGCUUUAUCGCUACAUCAACAGGAGCUUCCCUGGCAAGCUGCGGCGCCUGGUUAAAAAGACCCCCUGUGGGCGCCAGAGCUGUUCCGCGGACCCGGCGGGCGUCCAGCAGGUGCUGGCGUAGACAGCGGGCGCGCGGGUGCCCGGCGGCCAUGCCGAGCCUGCUACGCUCCCUGCCCCGACCCGGGCUCGCGUCCUGGGGCACCAGGUGACCGACCUCCGGCGCACGCACAGCACUUUGUCGCCUGCCCGCUCUGUCGCUCUCCCAGCGGACAUGCUGCGGCAAGAAUGCACAACAGCACAGGGCACGUGCUGUUAACCUUGCCUGCAUUUCUCCGGAAAAGGCCACUGGCGCCUCUGUGGAGAUGGCCGCACCCGCCAGGGCUCGCUGGCUCCGGCGCCAGGCAGCCCCAGCGCCCUGCCGGUCCCGCCCUCGGCCGCUCACGUCGCCUCCGACGGGCGUGCCAAAUGAAGUGAUGGAAAUCAAAGCCAGUAUUUAUACUUUGUGUAUUGUUAAAAUACUUGAUUCCCCCACCCCGUAUGUUUGUUUAUAAAAAGAGAGAUGUUUGAAAGAAAAAUCACAAAGUAUUAAAAUGAAGGAA